AGACGGGAGGGUUCCAGUGCUCCUUGUGUGCAACAGUUCAAGUGCGUCAUACUCCAGGAGCGUGAUACUCCAACAAUAAUUUAGGCACUGGAAUAUUUACAUAACUGAACACAAGACUUUCUAUCCAAAAUACAAAAGUACUAUACAUCGAUAUCCACAUCCACAGGAAAAGAAAAAGAAAUCUGUAAUCGGUGGUCUUCUCAAAUUUUUAUCCGUCACGUCACUGACAUGUCAAAUGUGCGAUUUUGUUUGAGGUUAGGUGUCUGAUUGUGAUUGUUGUUUUGCUAAUUUCUGUGUCUCUUUAAUAUCCAAUUUCCAUUACAUUUUUAAUAAAUUUAUCUAUGCAAUUGCGUUUUAUUGAAUUAUUCUAAGUGAAUAGAAUGUCCUCCAACGAAAAACUAUCCAUCGGCCAGAAAAAAAAGCUAGACCGAAAACUAGCCAAGCUCCAACACGUCCUGAAAAAAGAAUCCGGAGCCACCAGCUCGCCGAAUCCCACCAAAAACCUCGCAAUUUGCAAUGCCGGCCUUGUAAGUGGACUCACUGAAGAAAUUAUUUACGAACAUUUCAGUCAACUGGGUAAUCUUACUGAUAUCACUUUAUUACCAGGCAAAUCUUGCAGCUUUCUUUCAUAUGAUAGCCUAGAAUCAUCUAUAAAGGCUUACGAAACUUUCAAUGGCAAACUAAACAUUGCCCAAGAUAAUAAAGCAAUUUAUUUACUCUAUGUUGAUCAAAUACCUUACUUAAACGACCAAAGGAUUUGGGGAGAAUUGCCACCAGGCCUGAUUCUCCUAGAAGAUUUCAUAAGCAUUGAAGAAGAAAACAUGUUGCUUAAUUUAUGUAGCUUUGAUGCACAACCAAUGAAACAUAGAUUAGUGAAACAUUUUGGCUAUGAGUUUCGUUAUGAUAUAAACAAUGUAGACAAAGAUAAACCUAUGAGUGAAACCUUGCCUGUGGAAACCAACUUUUUGUGGUCAAAACUCCAACAAAAAUUUAAGCCUGACCAGUUGACAAUUAACCAUUAUACACCUGGUCAAGGAAUCCCUCAUCAUAUAGACACUCACAGUGCCUUUGAAGACCCAAUAAUAUGCCUCUCUCUGAGUUCACCUAUUAUAAUGGAAUUCAAAAACAAUGACAAACAUUUAUGUUUUCUACUACCGCAAAGAUCAUUGCUAAUAAUGUCAGAAGAAAGUAGAUAUGAUUGGACUCAUGGCAUUGUACCAAGGAAAUUUGAUAUAAUACCCAACAAUAGUGGACAAGGAUUUACAUGCCUUAAACGAGGCACCAGAGUUUCGUUCACUUUUAGAAAAGUACUACAAGGAAGUUGUCAGUGCAAUUAUAAAUCCAAAUGUGAUUCUUAUAAUGAUAUUGAGGAUAAUGUUGCUCUUGAAUUAGAAGCCAUGCAUGUGCAUAAAGUUUACAACAAUAUUGCUGAUCAUUUCAGUGAUACUAGGCAUAAACCUUGGCCUAAUGUUUUGGAGUUUGUACAGUCUUUUGCUUAUGGGGAUAUUUUGAUAGAUGUUGGGUGCGGCAAUGGAAAGUAUUUAGGCAUAAAUCAAAAAAUAUUUACUAUAGGCUGUGAUCGUAGUAUGGGUUUAAUAGAUAUAUGCCGCCAAAGACAAUAUGAAGGUUUUAUAGGCGAUUGUCUCUCAGUGCCUUUAAAAAAUAGUUCAGCUGAUGGUGCUAUAAGUAUAGCUGUUAUUCAUCAUUUAGCUACUGAGCAAAGGAGACUAAAAGCACUCAGAGAAAUGGUUAGGGUAUUGAAACCAGGUGGCAGGGCUUUGGUUUAUGUUUGGGCCCACAAUCAAAUUAAUAAUGAAAAAAAAUCUAGUUAUAUUAUGCAAGAUAGGAAAAACAGAAAAGUUACACAAAUGGAUAAAUUGGUUACAGGUCAAGUUGAUGUUCCAUUGCAAAAUGGAAAUGUGACUCUUCCAGUGCAUAACAACAGAAGCAACUUUCAGGCUAAAGAUGUUUUAGUACCGUGGAAACUUAAGGACAAAAAUGAAACAACUUUUUUAAGGUUCUAUCAUGUUUUUGAAGAAAACGAAUUGGAGCAGAUGUGUCAGAAAAUUGAUAAUAUUCAAAUUUUGAAAAGUUACUACGAUCAAGGGAAUUGGUGUGUUAUUUUUGGAAAGAUUUAAAUUUUUGUUUGAAUUGUCAGAGUAUAAUAUGUUUAUUAAAAAUGUUGUUUUAUUAUUGAGGUGUACAGUAUUGAAGCGCCUCUUGUUGAACAGCAACAGCUCUAGUCGUUUUGCACAUGUAGUAAUUUACCAUGACAUAAUAAUAAGAAGUAUAUCAGACAAUUUAUGUGUUAGUAUUUAUUGAAACUAGAAUAAUAUUCACAAUCAUAAUAACAUUCUACAGUAGUGUUAAUGAAGAAAUUAUGGAUUUAUCAAAAAAAAACCCAGUGACUUUGAAAAAGAAAAAGGGUAGCUGAUUAACAAAAUCUUAAUAAUAUACCUUAAUAUCUACCCCUAAAAAUAUUUUAUCUAGAUUCUGGUUUAUUUUUGGGAGGUUUAAACACCUUUAAUUUUUUGGUUUUAUUCUUCCCUUGAGCUUGAAAUGUUUGCCAACUACUCACCCUAUUUUGUCUGGAUUCCUUUACAAAAAAAUUAUAUUUUUAACUAAAACUUUUAGGUAUCACAAUAUCUUACCUCGAAAUUUUUCUGCCAUUCUUUUUGGGCUUUGGCGUUCUCCUCCUCCUCGAUUUCAUUCUCCCGCUUCCGUUUGCGCUCCUCCUGAUCGCGGUCGGCCAGCUCUCUGCGUUUCCUUUCUAAAUCUGCAAAAAGUUUCAUUGUCAAAACGUAGACUGCAUGUUUAUACUUUUCGGGAUCAUCUUCAGGGAUGCCUGAUCUCCCUUCUUUUUUGGCUUUUUUCCUUUUUU